AAAUUGACGAACGUAAUGUCUCAAGACACAUUCGAAACAAUGAAGGUGUUGACAGAAAUACUACUUUUUCUCUUUUGUAUUGCUAGAGUGACUUUGGCUUUAAUUAGCUCGCCUGGUAUACAAUGCUUUGUGCCCGGGGAAUGUUUAGAUUCCCAGAUUUUGGACGCUCGUCCCACCGACACUUCUCGGGCUUGCCUCAAUCUCUGUCAAAACUUGACUGGUUGUGAGUGGUUCACCUGGUAUACCGAUUCCAAGGUAUGCACCUCACUCUCUGGUUGUUUGAGCCUGACCGAGGAGAAAUGUGGAUCCAAUUGCAUCAGCGGGGAGCAAGAAUGUCCCGAGAUCCAAUGCGGCAUUCAAGGACGAUGUUAUGGAGCAUUGGAAGGUAUCCGAAAGGUGGGCAGUGACAAAGAAUGCGGUUCUAUCUGUGGACAACGAUCGGAAUGCACUUGGUUCAGCUACAGCAAUCAAACCAACUCUUGUACCAUGACCAAUGACUGUCCAGCCUUGGAUAGAUCUUGCGACGAUUGUCUAGCAUCCGAGACAUCUUGCGCAGUUACGACGGAAAAUGAACCAACCGGGGACUUUUUUUUCCUCUUCAGAGAAAAUAUUGCAAUGCUCAAUCGAGAAACAGGAAAUGUAUUUUAUAGGCCUUUUAAGCUUCCUACUACAAUGCAAAAAGAAAAAAUGAUCCUUUCCGUAUAUGACGACAAACUGAUUCUUCUCACCUUCAAUAGUUCAAGCAGAGAUUUGAUUGGAUGCUCUUUAAUUGACGCUCAGAGCGAUUGGAAUUGCAUUCCGCACCCGUCAUGCCAUUCACAUGGAAACAAGAAGUUUCCUGCUAUUCGAUUGAUUGAUGGGAGACUUUGGAUGACCUGUGGACCUGGACAAUUUACCGUCACAUUUGACGGCAAAACGUUCUUCCAAUCAAAGCCAACUCCCUGGUUUGCCUCAGCCAAUCCUAUUACUAAUCAGGGCUUUGCUCUUUUGAAUGACGAGCAAAUUAUCGUCGCAGGUGGUAGGACCAUUUAUGGGGAUUUCCUCAAGGCCGUCUAUGUUUUGGACCUCAACGGACAGCUUCAAUUAUAUGUUGAUAUGAGCAUUCAUUUCUUUAAGGGGACAGAGAUAUCGUUGCCUGAAUUGCCGCGCGUUAUGAACGAGCCGUAUAUAUGGAAAGUUGUUUUGGACGGGCGAUUAAAAAUAGUUUUUGCCGGAGACCUUUAUGAUGAAAUGCAUGUGGUUAUUCUGGACUGGACGUCGAAUAAAUAUACGAGCCUGAACAAGACUGAAGAUUUCGUACCGCCUUCCCCCCAAAGUCACUUAAGAAUAACAGACGCCACAAUCUUCUAUUCAAAAAACAAAGCUUACUUCGUGUGGGGUUAUUAUGAUCAUACUCUUGUGUAUGAUUUGCAAAAUUUUGCUUCAACUAAUGAUACCAAGGCAGAAAUUCAGUUCUAUGGGGAAAAAGAAAUCUCGAAAAUCCAUUGUCCUACCUUCAUUAAUUUGCAGAAAUGGAUCAAUGGUCCUGAAUCCGCCAUUUUCACCCCCCAAGGAAGUUGAAAACAUUCACUAUGACGAACUGAAGACAUCUUUUGUCAUUUUCUCAUUCCCAUAUUUCAUCCCUAUCUUUGAUUUUUUUUCCUCUUUCUACACUCCUUGAUUAAGCUUUGUACAUCCUCUACCUUUAUCCAAGUGUCUGUGCUACCCUAUCUUCCUUAUUGAAUAAUAUAUUGGACCUUAAAUCAAGCAA